UUCUGGUGCCAGUCUAACCUGGCAUCCCCCAUGAUAACAGAUAUUCCACUGCUGCAUUUUCUCCUGGCCCCCAAUCUCAUCCUAGCUACUACUUCCAACAACAUCACGACAAACCAUUGAAGAAUUCAGAGUUUAUUUCUAUGUUUUCCUUAUCUCAUCGCGAAGCCACUUUCCUUUCUUUUAUUCAAGGUGAUUUUGGUUUACCUUCUCAAUGCGCGCAUUGCCUUUCAUUCUUUAAUAUUUCUUUGGGUUCAUAGUGCGCUAUUUAGUAUCGGUGCAAAGGUCGAUCUCUAGUAUCUUGUAAUCCAUCACAAGAAAUUAAGAAAGUCAAGCAUCGAUCUUUAUCUGUUUUAGCAUUCAUUAAUCGGUGGGUUAUUAUCUUGGGGAAUUCAACAUGUAAAUCAGGAGGCCUGGAGGCUUAAAGGCAUGCGCAAUCUUGAUGGGGCGAAACAGAAGCGGGCACAUCAUCCCCACCUAUGUGAUCUUUCCUCUGCUCUUGUUAUUAUUUUCACCUGUUCAUGGCUUAACAAGCUAUGACCCGGAGUCUUUAGAUGCAUUGAUUCACAAACACGCAAUGAAGGCGCAAGCAAAGAAACGUUCAGGUACUUCAUUAAAUGUCUCUCUCCCUGCUAAUUUCUCUGGAAUCGAAGUCUCAGUUGUUAGGCUAAGAAGUGGUCAUUUCUGGGAAAGAGGAGUCAAUUUCAGUUCUUUUUAUAUCCCGCCAAGGGUUCUUCCAUUUCCAUUUGUGAAGAGACUAUCUAUAGUAUACCAGAACUUGGGGAAUUGGUCUACUCGUUAUUACAAGGUGCCUGAUUAUUCAUUAGUUGCUCCUGUUGUUGGCUUCGUGGCCUACGAUGCUUCAAAUUUAAGUGCACUGGGUAAUGAAGCACUCAGGUUUAGCAUUCGGGGUGACCCCAUUUUGAUCAGCUUUCCAAACCUUGAGAUAAAAGGUAAGCUUGAGACAUUAAAAUGCGUCAAACUUGGUCCAGAUGGAUUUGUCCAAUUCAGAAACAUAACCAAGGAAAACACCUGCAUCACACAAGGUGAUGGUCAUUUUUCACUUGCUGUUCAAAAUCCUGAAGUAGAGAAGAAUAUCAGAGUAUGGAAAUGGUAUGUGGUUGGAUUUGGAGCUGGGUUUUUCGCAUUGAUUUUGUCUGGUGUGAUUGGAUACACCACUUUCAAACUAGUGAGGAGUAAGAAAUUAAGAGGAAUGGAAGCGGAGUCUGAAAAUGGGGUGGCUCUUCAUGCAACUUCAGUCGGAAGAAGUAAAAUGCCUUCAGCAUCAAUGGUAAGAACCCAGCCAACCCUUGAGCAAGACUAUGUUCCUUGACUUGCAUUCCAGUAUAACUGUAGCUUUUCACUCCUUUCAAUCUUGGAGUGAUGACACCUUCCCCCCCUUAAUUUU